AUGAACUUCGUCCUUCCUAUUCGCAUCGCGCAGCUCAUCCUCGCAAUUUUGGUCCUUGGAACAGCCGCCUAUGCCACCAAAGGUUACUAUGGCUCGCACUCCGAGGUCAACUUCCUGAUCUUUAGUUCCAUCUGGACGCUCCUCGCCUUGAUCUAUCUCAGCCUCACGUCGUGGAAGCUUGAGCGCUUUGCACACCCAUGGAUCAUCUGUGGUGUGGAGAGCUUGACAAUGCUCUUCUGGUUCGCUGGCUUCAUUGCGGCCGCAGUCUUCCUCGGUCACCUCAGCGGCUGUGCUGGCAGAGCUUGCAGUUCUGCCAAGGCCGCAACUGUCUUUGCUGCAUUUGAAUGGGUCUUGUUUGCCGUUACAACAGCCUUGGCCGUCAUGGGCGUACUCGGAAGAGGUCGUGCCACCAAAGGGCCCAACACCAUGGGCGCCUAA